UCUCCUCCUGAAGAGAUCGAGGCUGCCCUCAAGGCCUACCGCUCUCACAUCUCGGAGCGCAACCACCGGGUCGUCGAAGUUCUUGUCGCCGACGCGGAGCUAGAAGAUGGCGACCUUGAAGACGACGAAGACAUCAACGAUCUCCAUCUUGAGACCCUGCACCCCCUUUUCAACAUGAGUCUUUCCUCGUUCGUCUCCACGCUGCGCGAGAUCCUUACGCGCUGGGACGAGUUUUGUGUCGUAUACGACCUACAGGGCACGAACAUUGCUGGCAGGAAGCCUUCUGAGGAAGAUGUAGCUCUCAAUGAGGCUUGGUUUGAGCUCAUGAAGAAAUGUCUGGGGAAGAGGUGUCGAGAGGAUGUCAGAGAGACUUUGAGGUUCUCUGAGGAGUUUCUUGUCUUAGCGAGGUAUGUGGAUAGUCUCAGUGGACUGGGGCGGACGGAGUGUAAGUCGAGGUACCAGGCCGGCUUCUUAGUUCGACUGUAUCCUGAUUCUCCGGCCCUAGCUGAGCAGGGCGCUGCUGAGAUGGGCAAGACGCCUGACUGGUUAAGUGAGUAUGUAGGUUGCGGAUGAGAGUGUGCUGCUUGAUGGGAUGCGGGGUGUGUGAUUAGUCCUUCGCUCUAUGUCGUCUACUGCCGGAGGAGGACUCGGCCGGUGUGCCGAAACCCUGGGCGUGGACGUACUGUUCGCAGGACUGUAUGGAUUCUGGUGUUUUUGAUACGAUUUCUGAGCUUUUGGCGUGGUAUAGUGCGUAUCGAAAGAGAGGGUUGCCUGAUGCGUCUUCUAUGAAGGGAUAGGAUGUGUUGAUGGGUCGUGUGUUUUGAAGCAGACAUCAAGCUGCUCAUCCAUUUGAUGCAGGCCCCAGGUUCAGAAUCUUGCAGUAUUUCGAAGUCCCUUCAAAAAAGGAAGGAAUGAACAGGUUCAGUUCUCUUCAAUAUCACUCUUUCACCUAAGGACCUACCAUGGAGGUCCGUUCCGAUGUGGAACGGUAAGUGGAGG